UAAAAAGUUAAAUCGAUUAUUUAUCAGGAUAUAUGUGACACAAAACUAGAUAAACAGUGACAUCUAAUUUUUACUGAUUAUCAAUUUCAUAGUUUUAAAUCACUCCAGAAUUAUUUCCGUCUUUACAAUAAUUUACCUACAUAUAUAUAGAAAAUUCAAUCUUGGAAUUAAUAUACACUUAUAUAUUGUUACAUUUUGCUUUUGUUCAGUCACUGAAUAUCAUCUGUGAGACAGUAAAUUCAAUCUAUUCUGUGGUCAUAUGAAAGAUAAUGUUCAAAUUCCAUGUACUAUCCAAAGUAAACUCAUUACAACGAUUGUUGUACUUAGUUGGAUUAUAUCUUGUAGUAAUCGCUCAGUUGGUGAGAUCCCAAUCUGAUCUAGAUCGAUGUGCAAUAGUUUGUGCUCCUGAAAAGUGUCAGUGUGUCGGUCCACAGGGAAUACAGGGGCAACCUGGUCCAAUUGGUGUACGAGGUUCGGAAGGGCCUCCAGGUGAUAUAGGUCUCAUUGGACUUCGUGGACCACUAGGUGAGAAAGGUGAACAAGGAAUUCCCGGCGUAUUGGGUCCAAGAGGUGAAAAGGGUUUACCUGGUCAACCGGGUUAUCCCGGUAACGAUGGUGAUCCAGGUCAUCCUGGUAUGAGGGGAAUGAAAGGGGAAAAAGGAGAUAGUGGAUGUGAUGGUGAAUCGGGAGAUAAUGGUGAACAAGGUGAACCUGGUUCCCCAGGUAUGAUAGGCACACCUGGUGAACCAGGAACUAAAGGUCCUAAAGGAUACACUGGAGGUUCAAGACAAGGAUUAAUGGGUGAGAAGGGAGAUCAAGGUGAAAUCGGUCAACCUGGGGAAGAUGGUUUGCCAGGACUUGAUGGAGAAGAUGGACUUCCUGGUCCACGUGGACCUCAAGGAGAAUCAGGAGCCGUAGGUUUGAUGGGAGACAUCGGUCCCAAAGGUGAAAGUGGAGUAUACAAUUAUACGAAUAUAAUUCCUGGAGAUCGUGGUGAACCAGGUCCUCGAGGACAAGAUGGUCAACCAUGUGAAGAUAUGGACCGCGAAUAUACUGAAGAAGAACUUAUCAGUUUUACAAGAGGUCAAGCUGGAGACAUAGGUCCUCCAGGACCUAAAGGUGACAGUGGAGAGCCAGGGGAUGAAGGUGAUAUGGGUCUACAAGGUGAAGAAGGAUCAAUUGGUAAAAAAGGUGAACCUGGUGAACCCGGACUAGAUGGUGAUCCUGGAGAAGACGGUGAUAUGGGACCGAUUGGACAAGCAGGUAAUUUGGGUUCUGAUGGUCCACCUGGACCAGAAGGUGCAAUCGGUGGAAAAGGUGAUCGAGGUCCACAUGGUCGUGAUGGUUUACAAGGUGAUCCAGGACCAGCUGGAAUCCCUGGGAAAGCUACUUGUCCAGUCGAGUUUUUUCCAAAAGGUGAAAAGGGUCUCCCAGGUCAUCCUGGUGACAAGGGAACUCAAGGGGAACCUGGCUUACCAGGUGAUCAAGGGGAAAAAGGUGUUCCAGGCGAUGAAGGCCUAAAAGGAGUAAGAGGAAGCCAAGGUAAAAUUUGUGAACCUGGUCCACAAGGUCCCUUAGGUGUUAAGGGUUGGUAUGGAAAAAAUGGAGCACAAGGACAACCUGGAGUUGAUGGAGACCCAGGACAACCAGGCCAAAGAGGGUUACCUGGAGAUGAUGGUUUUGGUCAUAUAGGUGAAAUCGGAGAGGUUGGUGUGGAAGGUUUACGUGGUAUUAAAGGUGAAUCUGGUGAAGAAGGUGAUCCUGGAGAAAAGGGAUUUGGUGGAGAUAGUAAUGUCGGUCCAGUUGGUCCUCGUGGUGAACCUGGUGAUGAUGGAAGUGAUGGAGAACCUGGAAAACACGGUGAACCUGGACCUCCAGGUCCAAAAGGUGAACCGUUAUCUGUUUGCCCUUUGUGUAAAGAUGGUGAUGCUGGUCUGCGUGGAGAAAUAGGGGAUCCAGGUGAAAAUGGUGAAAAGGGAGGUGAUGGUAUGCCAGGUGAUAGAGGUGAUACUGGACGACUAGGUGAAGAUGGUUUGAUCGGUCUACCGGGAACCAAAGGUGAAAAAGGUCGUAUUGGUGAAAAUGGUUUUAGUGGUGACCCCGGCGAUCCUGGAGAAUCUGCUGUUGUGUCUCGGGUUGUAGAAGAUGUUAUCCCAGGCGAUGAAGGUGAUGAAGGCCAUGAAGGUAGUAUUGGUGAUAUUGGCGAUAGAGGCGAUGAAGGAGAACCUGGUCCUAUUGGUGAUGAGGGUCUUAAAGGACAACAAGGUACAGAUGGUGAACAAGGACCAAUUGGUGAAGUUGGAGAUGACGGUGACGAUGGUGAAACAGGUGAAAACGGUAUCGAUGUCAAAGGCAUGGUUGGUGAACUGGGUGAAAGAGGUGAUGAGGGUUUAGUCGGUGAGAAAGGUGAAAAAGGCAUAGCUGGAGUGAUGACCAACUGUACAAUUGAUUGGAGACAAUUAGUAGCAAAAAAUGAAUCUGAAUUGAUUGGGGAUCGUGGAGAGAAAGGCGAUGAUGGUGAGGUUGGUGAAAAAGGUUCUCGAGGGAUUGAUGGACGUAAAGGUGAAAUAGGUCAAACGGCAGCACCAUCUGAACGAGGUGAAACUGGUUUGCCAGGUCCUGAUGGGGAAAAAGGUGAUCCAGGUCCACCAGGUAUUGAAGGUCCUCAAGGACUUCAAGGAGUUCCUGGUGAAGUGAUUGAUGGGAUCGAAGGAGAUGUCGGCGAACAAGGUCCUGAAGGCCCAAAAGGAUUUAAGGGGGAAGAAGGUGAUGUGGGUGAUAGUGGUGAUUCACCAGAACGUACUAAAGGUGAGCCUGGACCUGCCGGUGAACCUGGAACCGAAGGAGAUGAAGGAGACCCAGGUAUUCCUGGACAAAAGGGAGAGCCUGGGGCUGAAGCCGGUCAACAAGGAGAAACUGGUAGCUCUGGAGAAAAGGGAGAUCCUGGACCUAAAGGUCUACCUGGCCCUAAAGGAGAACCCAGUUCAGAUAUGGAGUCAGGUGAUGAAGGUCCCAAGGGCGAACCUGGUUUAAUGGGAUCAGAAGGAGAAAAAGGUGGUGUUGGUGACGUUGCUGAAUGCAAUGAAGCCGGUUUACUUGGAGAUCCUGGACCUGAUGGAGCAAUGGGAACAAUUGGCAAUUCAGGUGAUGAUGGAGAACAAGGAGAAGAUGGUGAUGUUGGACAGGAAGGAGAACCGGGUCCUGAUGGAGAACGAGGUGAGAUCGGUGAUACGGGAAUAGAAGGUAUUCGCGGUAUUACUGGAGAAAAAGGUGAACCAGGCAAUAUCGGUGAUGUGGGUGAAAAGGGUUCUUCUGGUCCAAAGGGUGAAACUGGAGAUAUUGGCCCACAAGGCCCACAGGGUGCGGAUGGUCCUCAGGGUCCGACUGGUGAUCCUGGACAGACUGGAGAAUUUGUGGAAGGCGAACGAGGAGAUACUGGGCCAGAUGGAAAUCAAGGAGAACAAGGUGAAAAGGGUGAACCCGGUACAGCUGGAGAAGUUGGUGAAACAGGUCCUACCGCUGAAACUCUACCAGGUAUCAAAGGGGAACCUGGACAACCUGGUGAAGACGGUCAAUUAGGUGAACCUGGGUCAGAUGGUAACGAUGGAGAACCUGGGCCAAAAGGUGAUGAAGGUUCAAUAGGGGAGCCUGGACCAAAGGGGUCACGAGGUCCACGCGGUAAAAUUGGAAAUGUUGGUGCAGAGGGCAGUAGAGGAGCCAAAGGAAAUGUUGGUUCUGAGGGCGAGAUAGGCCCAGAUGGUGAGAAAGGAGACAGGGGAGAAGCAGGUGACAUUGGUCCUCCAAGUUAUACGACUGCUGGACUCAAAGGCAGAGAAGGACUGGAAGGACCUCAAGGAGAACAAGGUCAAGCUGGUGACUCAGGAGAGCAAGGAGAAUCAGGUAUACCCGGUGAAGAAGGUGAUCAAGGUGAUGAAGGACUAACUGGUGAGGCUGGGGAAAUCGGAACACCUGGUUUAGAAGGUGAUAUAGGACCUGAAGGAAACGAAGGUCCGAUAGGAGAGCAAGGUUCGGAAGGAGAUGUUGGUAUGAUAGGAGCUUAUGGACCAGAGGGAGAAAAAGGUGAACCAGGUCUUAGAGGUGAUGCAGGUGAAGCCGCUACAAACUGUUCCAUUGGGCCGAAAGGUAAACAAGGUCGACUAGGCCCAUUGGGUUUGCCUGGACCACAAGGACCACCUGGUGAUCAAGGACUACCUGGGCUACGUGGUAGGGAUGGUCCACCAGGGGUCGGAGUAAUUGGAGCACCAGGAGAACUUGGUGACACUGGACAUAUCGGUCUACCUGGAGAAGCAGGAGAACCAGGAGAUCAAGGUCCUGAAGGCCCUUCAGGUUUGGCCGCUCUUACUGGUGAGCAAGGAAUGAAAGGAGAACGAGGAAUACCAGGGGAUAUUGGGGAUCCAGGAAUAGGAGGUGUUCAAGGUCCUCCUGGUUACGAUGGAGAGAAAGGCAUACAGGGACCACAAGGUUCAUCAGGAAUAGAUGGGAUUGAUGGUAAUAUGGGACCAAAAGGGUUUUCUGGAGACCAAGGUCCGUCUGGAAUUCGUGGACAAAUUGGUGAUCAGGGUGAAACGGGCGAAGCUGGUAUCGAGGGUCCAAAGGGGGCUCAAGGAGUUUCAAUAAGAGGCGGGGUUGGCAAAAUAGGUGAUCCUGGCGAAAAUGGAGCUCUUGGAGAGCAAGGAGACCCUGGUCCUGAUGGUGAAGUGGGGGAUGAUGGGGAUAUUGGUGAAAAAGGAGAAAAAGGUCAACCUGGACUAUUAGAAGGUGAGAGAGGUGAGGUAGGUGAUGUAGGGGAACGUGGAGAUACUGGAGAAGUUGGACCUCCUGGUCCGAUCGGUGGUGUUGGCCUCAAAGGUAAAGAUGGUGAGAAAGGACAGCCAGGUCAAACGAAUUAUUCUUCUAUACUAUUUGCUCGUCAUUAUCAGACACCGUUUGUUGAUGACCUUACAUGUCCAACUGGAACAAAUAAACUGUUUACUGGUUACAGCUACGUUAUGGGAGGAGGUGUGGAUGAUUUAGUCAGCAUGGAUUUAGGUACACCAAGUUCGUGUUUGUCGAAGUUCAGUUCAUUACCAAUGACUCAAUGUGAAAGGGAUACAACCUGUCAAUCAAGUAUGAGACAUGAACGAUCCUACUGGUUGGCCACAUUAGUACCUCGAUCUGAACAGCCGAUUCCAGUAGACCAAACGGCUGAUCAAAUUGCUAGAUGUGUAGUCUGUGAGGCUCCUGCACAUGUGUUUGCUUUCCAUAGUCAAGGUGAAACACUACAACCAUGUCCGAAUACUUGGACUGAAUUGUGGACAGGUGUUAGUUUAAUACUUCAUACUUCUGGUGCUCAUGGUGGAGGUCAACAGUUGUCUUCACCUGGAAGCUGUAUGGAACACUUCCGUUAUUCACCAGUUAUUGAAUGUAAUAAUAAUGUAGGGAUGUGUAGAAGAGAACUAUUAAUAAUCGAAUCCAGACCAAUGCAUAUCCUGUUGCUGUCAGGACAGAAACAGGCAAACAAUAUUGAUCUUCAGUAUAUCAGUGCAAAACUUUUGACAUUUAUAUUUCUGGUUACGUUUAUUACUUUUAAUGGAAUUCCUUUUGCACAAUCGCAAUUUCGUCGAGAUAUUGAUUGUUCCAUAAGAUGUGAUUACAAUUUUUGCAGAUGUUUUGGACCACAAGGACCACAGGGUGAUCCAGGUCCUCGAGGUCCACCUGGAUCUAUCGGUCCUAAAGGUUAUCCUGGUGAACAAGGACCACCGGGGCUAAGGGGUAUGAAAGGUGAUCCUGGACGAGAUGGAGCUGAUGGUCCUGUUGGAGAAAGAGGUCCGUCAGGGGAUUUCGGCCCACCAGGAAUGCACGGUGAACAUGGUGAGAGUGGAGAAACGGGUGAAAAAGGUGCCAAAGGUAUUGCUGGUUGCCCUGGAGGGAAAGGUGAUCCAGGUGAAAAAGGUGAACCUGGAAGACAGGGUAUGGAUGGUGACCGAGGACUGCCUGGUAUAGAUGGCGAACGUGGUGAUCCUGGUGAAUCUGGAUUUGGGAGACGAGGACUACCAGGUCCGAAAGGAGAACCUGGUAAUAUUGGUCCAAAAGGUGAUGAUGGAAUUCAAGGUGAACGUGGUGACCCUGGAUUGCCUGGAUUAGAAGGAGACAGAGGUGAAGAUGGUGACUUCGGUGUACCUGGUGAAGCUGGUGAGCCAGGAGAAAGUAUCAUUGACACUUAUACGCCAGUCAAAGGUGCUCCAGGCUCACCUGGAGAUCCUGGAGAUCCAGGCAGAAAUUGUUCAGUUACCACAUUGGAACAAGGCCGAAAAGCUCUAAUUGGACCUCCUGGCGAUCGAGGUGAUACAGGUCCUAAAGGCUAUCCAGGUUCUAAAGGAGCGAAAGGAAUAAGAGGCAUAGAUGGAACUAUUGGUUUGCCGGGAGUGAAAGGACUUCCAGGUCCCGAUGGGCCACUGGGUCCUAAAGGCAUUAAAGGAAGUGCUGGACAACCAGGUGUUAAAGGUGGUCAAGGACGUGAUGGUUUAAUUGGUGAUCGUGGUCCACCAGGUCCUAAAGGUGUACCUGGAGAUCCAGGGGCAGAUGGACUACGCGGAUUUGUUGGAGAUCCUGGUGAACCUGGGGGUACUACAGAAUGCACAGGUAUUUUACCUGGGAGACCUGGACAACGUGGUAUACCUGGAGAACCUGGAGAGAAAGGAUUUCCUGGGAUUCCUGGAUCCAUAGGAGACAGGGGAUUGAAAGGCUUGGUUGGUCCACAAGGACCUGUUGGUGAUCCUGGAUUUGACUGUCCCAUUGGACCACCUGGUCCACCGGGUCCAAAAGGAUCACCUGGUGAUGACGGACGAAGUGGUUUACCUGGACUACCUGGAAGUCCAGGUGAUGAUGGACUACCGGGUGAUAAAGGAGAACCGGGUAUUGGCCAUAGAGGUGCGCCGGGUGAUCCUGGAGAUAGAGGUUAUGAUGGGCCUCAAGGUCCGAAAGGUCCAAAGGGUUUAAAAGGUGAACGUGGAUUGCCGGGUACUAAAGGAUCUGGUCGUCCUGGUCCACCAGGUGAAAAAGGUGAACGCGGAUUGGAUGGUUUAGCUGGAAAACAUGGAAAACAAGGUCCAAUGGGGCCUCAAGGUGAACCUGGAGAACGAUGUAGUUUGUGUAGACCCGGUAUACCUGGAGCAAAGGGUGAAAAAGGCGAUAUCGGUUCAGCUGGUCUUCCAGGUCCACGAGGUCGAGAUGGUGCCAAAGGAGAACGAGGGAGUCGCGGUGCUCCUGGAAAUCAAGGUCGUACGGGUUCACAGGGUUAUGAAGGCGAUCAAGGUGAACAUGGUCUCCCUGGACCAAAAGGUUUCAAAGGUGAACCAGGUGAAACAAGAACAGAAUACACUGGAAUUCUAAAAGGCCCUAAAGGUUAUCCGGGUGUGGAUGGAGUCAAAGGCGACAAAGGAAUCAAGGGUAUUAUAGGCUCUCCAGGAGAAAAAGGAGACCGAGGAUUAGAAGGACCACAGGGUGACCCUGGUUUACGAGGUUUACCUGGACAGAAAGGUCCUAAAGGUAUACUAGGCGAAAAGGGUUACAAAGGUGCGACAGCUGAAGUUAGAUUUGGUGAUAAAGGUGAAAAAGGUCAACCUGGACGUCCUGGACUGAAAGGUGAACUAGGCGAUUCUGGAGAACCUGGAAAUUGUACUGUGAAUGUUAUUCAAAGUCGUAAUUUAACUGUUGAAAAAGGUGAUCGCGGACCUAAAGGUGAACCUGGACCAAGAGGAGAUAAAGGAAAACCAGGUGAUGAGGGUCCACCUGGUCAACCUGGAGAUAGUGGGAUUAGAGGUGAAAAAGGACUUCCAGGAAUACCUGGACCUGCCGGAAUAAAAGGAAUUGUAGGUGAAUCAGGUGAUCCUGGUGAACAGGGUAGUCCAGGAGUACCAGGGGCCGCUGGAGUUACCGGAGUGAAAGGAGAUGUAGGUGAUAUUGGUCCGGUAGGAGAUCGUGGUUACCCAGGUCCAAAAGGAGAAAAAGGAUUGCCUGGUCAACCUGGAACUGGAAUCCCCGGAGAACGUGGUGAACCUGGGCGGCCAGGUAUACCAGGUCCAAAAGGUUCGCAAGGAGACCCUGGUAUAAUUGGUGAUUCAGGAGAUCCAGGAUUAAAUGGAAGACCUGGAUUAGCAGGAGAACGUGGAGAUAUUGGUCCACCGGGACUUCAAGGUGAUCCUGGUCCAAGUGGUGGUGCUGGUAUCAAGGGAAUCAUCGGUGAUCCAGGAGAUAGUGGAGAACCAGGUUUGCCUGGACGUCCUGGUAUACCUGGAGAUAAAGGCAGAUGUCUGGGAGCAGCAGACAAAGGAGAACCUGGACCUCCUGGUCCAGAAGGUCCAGAAGGACAAAAAGGCGAACCUGGAUUAAGAGGUGCGAAAGGAGAGCGAGGACCAUCAGGUCCAAUUGGACGACCAGGUGAAAAAGGUUUAAGGGGUGAACCAGGCUUACCUGGACCAGAUGGUCCUUCAGGAGAUACAGGUCCUCCUGGCCGUCCCGGAACUACUGGUCCUAAAGGCUUUGAAGGAACGACUGGGCCAAAAGGAUUUGAAGGACCACCAGGUGGUCCUGGUGAUGAAGGUCAACCGGGUCCAAAGGGUGAACCUGGUAUUCCUGGUGCAGACUCAUUUGGUGAAAAAGGUGAUACGGGAGAACGUGGUCCUCCGGGUGAUGUUGGAGAAAAAGGUUCCACUGGAAAACCUGGUUUGCGUGGACCUCCAGGUGAUGCAGGAACCAAUGGUCAAGCAGUAGUUGGAGAUGUUGGUGAUACCGGAGAUGUCGGUGAGAAAGGUCUUCCAGGGAUGCCUGGAGACCCUGGACUACCUGGACCUAAAGGUUCCCCUGGAGUAACAGGUUUGAUUGGGCCGAAGGGCAUAAUGGGCGAUCCAGGAGUGCCAGGUUUGCAAGGCCGUCCGGGAAAACCAGGUCAGGAAGGCCCACCUGGCUUGUUAGGUCCUAAAGGUUUUCCAGGGGGGAAGGGUCAGAAGGGUAUCAAAGGGGAACGUGGUGAACCAGGAGAAACAAUAGUUGGCCGUGACGGGGAACCUGGAGAUAUGGGAGAACGAGGCAUUCCUGGACUUCCGGGACCCAAAGGAGACAGAGGAUUUCCAGGUGAUGCUGGACCAAAAGGCUUACGCGGUUUACCAGGUCGGGUGGGUGACAAAGGUCAAACUGGAGUAUCUGGGGAUAAGGGUGAACCAGGUAUCACUGGAAACGAUGGAUACCCAGGUAGAAAGGGAGAUAAAGGUGAAUCCGGUGAUAUCGGACCUAUAGGUGAUCCUGGACCAAGAGGACAACCCGGACCUAAGGGUUUCCCCGGUGCUCCUGGCCAGUGUUUACCAGCUGAAGAAAGUCCUAUUGGAGAUCCUGGUCCACAAGGUCCUAGAGGGCCACCUGGUGAAAAAGGUUUAACAGGGCUACCAGGUAAAGUGGGUAAAACUGGUGAUCCUGGUCCACCUGGAAGAGGUAUUCCUGGUUCCAAAGGUCAACGAGGUGAUCCUGGGCUUCGUGGCCUUACUGGUCCAAAAGGUGAACAAGGUGAGGCAGGAGACCCAGGUGAUAUGGCCUUACCUGGUGCUAAAGGUCAAAGAGGUUAUCCUGGAAUUAAAGGUGAGAAAGGUGAACUGGGUAUACCAGGAGAUAUUGGCCCAAGAGGUCCGAUUGGAGAUCCAGGUCCCCCAGGGGAUGUUGGAUUACCAGGUGACGACGGAAGAUCAGGCUUAUUGGGCCCUAGAGGCGAUAAAGGAGAUACUGGCUGGCCAGGAACAGUUGGAAUGAAAGGUGAAAUUGGAGACGUUGGUGAUCCUGGACCAAUAGGUAUACCUGGAAUACCUGGAGAAGAUGUUAUUGGUCUUCCUGGAGUCAAAGGAGAAAAAGGUGAACCAGGAAAACCUGGACAAAAAGGUAUGAUUGGGGAGCCGGCACCGCGGGGAUUAAAAGGAGCUAAGGGAGAAAUGGGAUUGCCCGGUCCCACUGGUAGAGAACCUGGAGAACCAGGGCCGAAAGGAGACCCAGGAUUAAAAGGUAUUCCUGGUGAUAUUGGUCCAAGAGGUAUGCCUGGAGAUGUUGGACCCCCCGGACCCGAAGGAUUCAGCGGUCCUCCUGGCCAAGCGCUGCAGAGCACCUACUUGUUCACAAGGCAUUUCCAAAAUCCUGACACUGAACCUGUAUGUCCUCCAGGUUCACAAAAAAUAUCAGACGGAUAUAGUUUUGUAAUGGCAAAUGGAAAUGGUGAAUUAGUAACCAUGGAUUUAGGUUCUCAUAGUUCAUGUCUAAGUAUGUUCAGUAUAAUGCCAUUUUUCCAAUGCCUUCGCGAUGGAUCUUGUCAACUUGGUGUUCGAGCUGAUCGUUCUUACUGGUUAGCUACUACGGAACCUCUUCCAAUGAUGCCACUAAAUGUAAGCGAAGUUCAUCGAAGAGUUGCUCGUUGUGUUGUCUGUGAAGCACCAACACAACCUUAUGCUUUUCAUGCACAAGCAAAUCAACUUCAAGAAGUUAACUGUCCAGAAGGCUGGGCAAGACUUUGGGAUGGAUAUAGCUUUGUAAUGCAUAGUGUUGGAAGUACUGGUGGUGGUCAACAACUUUCAUCGCCCGGCAGCUGUCUUGAAUAUUUCAGUUAUUCUCCAUUGUUAGAAUGCAAUAAUGGUAUGAGUUUGUGCAAUUAUUGGUCAGAUGCAAAAGCUUAUUAUCUACGUCAUGUUAGUAAUAAUACAGAAUUUCAAAAACCAGUCAGUCAAUAUAUUACAGAUCAUUUACCAGAUGAAACUAAAGUACUACGUGAAAUAAGUCGAUGUCGUGUUUGUACUAAGUCACGGUUUCAAUCAUAUUUUGUCUAAUUAAAAAGAAGAUGCAAAUAAUAAGAAGAAUGAAAUGAAAAUAUUAAACAUUUAUGCAAUUUUUAUGGAGUUAAAACGAUUAUUUCGAUUUAUUAUGCAUUAAUUCAGGAUGAUCUAUAAAAGUAUAUAUGUAUGUCGCUUGAUGAUAAACAUUUGCCUCUAUUGUUUUUACCAAUUUAUUCUAGAUGCUUAUUUCUAUUUAACUGUUUUCUUUGAAAAAAAAAUUUUUCUUUUCACCAAUAUUACAUUUUUUGCUUUCUAUGUCGUUUCUGAACUCUUUCCCUUCACGCAAGUGAUAUAUACGUGUAUUUUAUUGCAAGUGAAUUUGUGUUUUAUUAUGAAUCUGAUUAUUAUUACGGUUAUUAUUAUUAUAAAUAUUAUUAUAUUUAAAUGAAAUAGAGAAUCUUAAAGCUACAUAAAGAAUUUUUGUCUACAUAAUAUCUCCUACUUUGAUGAGUUAGAGGGAAAUUUCUUCUGAUGAAUGUUUGUUGUAACUGCCCUUUAUAAUCUAAUCUUUACAAGCCUAUUGGGUGUUAUAUUUUGUUUUACGUGAUUAUAUAAAAACAGACGGAUUUCAUUUUUUAAGGAUUUUUCUUUUAAGAUUGUCCAUUGAAAGCGUUUUUCAAAAGUAUCUGUCUCCCGUUCCUUUCUAUCUUUAUCCAUUGUAAUCACAAAAUAUUAUAUAAUGUCAAAUUUUAUAUAAUCAAACUCAUAUCAAUCAAAAAUAACCUUUGGAUUAACUAAAGGAACACUGUUUUAUGAUUAAAAUUUCAAUCAACUGAUAAGAGUUAAAGUUCAUGAUAUAUGC